AUGAAAGAGGUCAAUUGCGAAAGGUCUCAACCCGGUCAAACCGUCAUUGAAAGCGUACGCCACUUUUGCCUACAACUAGGAAACGAGCGAGCUGUUCUCACACAGUUCCCAGGUUGUAGCCCGUUUUUGCGUCCGUUGCUCGACAAAAUUAUUGAGCCCAGAGAUCACCAGCCAUCGUCCUGA